AUGCCCCUAGAGCUCAUCAUCGCUUCGUUUGAAGGUACAUCCAAUAUAACCAUAUUCAUAAAAGAAAUGUAUACUUCCGGCUCAUCCCACCAAUCAAAGAUUACGGUAAUGCCGAAAGAGGUAUUUAUAUUCGACAUUAAUGAGUCUAUGCGCAUGGCAGGCACUGGCCUGGGCCGCCAAGGCCUUCAAAUCACUGCAACAGAACCGAUCACAGUGUAUGGAAUUAACAAAGACAUGUUUUCCUCGGAUGGCUUUCUAGCGUUGCCAGUGGCUGCAUUGGGCACUGACUAUUAUACAGUGACCUAUUGGCCGCCUACAUAUAACACACAGUUUGGAAUCGCAGCUACGCGUGGUAACACGAAAGUACGCAUCACCCUUCCCUCCAGCAGCUCCAGAAACAUAGCUGUUACUUUCGAUGGUGUCAGUUAUACAAACGGAGAUACAUUUUUUGUGACAAUGGGCGAAUUUGACAGUUUGCAGAUUCAGGAUCAGAAUCAGGCUGAUCUGACAGGGACACACAUCAAAGCAUCCAAUCCUGUCUCCGUUUUUAGUGGUAACAUCCGCACCAGUGUCGGAGAUGGAGUUUCCAGGGAUCAUUUGGUAGAGCAGCUCCCACCGGUCAACUCAUGGGGCAAGCAAUUCAUAGUUAUCCCUGUUCCAGGUCGAACAAGAGGCGAUGUUAUCAAGAUAGUUGCUUCCGUGACAAGAACAACUGUAACAAUGCACAACAAAGACGGGUCAACUACCCAUUUGUUAGCAAAGGCUGGGGAUUUUCUACAACACACCUUGCCAGACUCUCAAUACAUAACUUUCAUUUCUUCUACAGAACCGAUAUUAUUAGUUCAGAUAGUGCAAAGUCAGAUUUCAUCUACAACAGAAGAAGUGGCCGACCCAUCUAUGAUAUAUGUGCCUGCUUUGAAUCAAUAUUCACGUGAAUAUCGGUUUGGUCUUCCUGAAGCAGCAGCCCCCAGACGUUACAAACAUCAUCUUCUCUUGGCCAUAAAGAAUAAUGGAUUGGAACAGGGUAUUUUACUUAAUGGACGACGACUGGCUGACACCAACUUGACAGAAGCACUAUCUUGGUCCCCCGUACCCGGGCUGGGAGAGCAGUAUGUUGUAACACGGAUUACUAUGAUUGGCGAGGAAGCUCAGUAUUUGCGUCAUGAGAAUAGUUCGGUCAAGUUUAUGGCUCUGCUGUACGGUACUGGAGAUAGAGAGAGCUACGGACUUCCUGUUGGCUUGAUAUAUAACAAUUUUUAUGAUUGUCCAACAGGAAGUACUGGAGCUACGGGUCCUACAGGAGAGACUGGACCUACAGGAUCUUCGGGGCCAACUGGGGAAACUGGUGCUACAGGCCCCACAGGAGCUACUGGGUCAUCUGGAUCAACAGGAGCUACAGGUCCCAAAGGUUUAACUGGAGAGACGGGUGCCACUGGACCAACUGGAGAAUCCGGUGUAACCGGAGACACUGGUUCCACGGGAGGAACUGGCCCUACGGGAGCAACUGGACCUACUGGAAAUACUGGAGGUACGGGGCCGACUGGCCCCACUGGAUCAACAGGACUGACAGGGGGAACUGUUUCUACUGGCGACACUGGCUCUACUGGUUCAAUAGGAGCAACUGGUUCUACAGGUGCCACUUACGCAACAGGGCCUGUAGGAGCUUCUGGGGCAACCGGAACCACAGGGGCAACUGGGGGAACUGGUGCUACCGGUCCAACGGGACAAGCUGGUGAAAAUGAUGCUACUGGUGCUACAGGAGCAAAAGGUCCACAAGGUGCAACAGGCAACACGGGUGCCACAGGUGCUACAGGAGCAACAGGUCCUGUUGGUUCAACUGGUGAAACAGGUGCAACAGGAGCCACCAGUGCAGCAGGUACAAAUGGAACUACAGGAGCAACUGGACCUACUGGUGCUACAGGUGCUACUGGAUUUACGGGUGGGACUGGACCAACAAGUGCAACUGAGGCUACAGGACCAACAGGGGAAAUUGAAGCCGUGGGACCAACAGAAGUAAACUACUUCGGCUCUCCAUUGGUCACAACGAGAAGGUUGCGAAAUAAUGUUGGCGCCAACAAGCAGUGGUUGGAUCCACUCAAUGUCGUCCGACCAGGCGUUCUUCAGAGUUUCAGCGUUGUAACGGCAGAUAGUACAUAUCUGAAUGGGACCGGGAGCAUUAAAGUGGCAUUACAACUCCACAAGGCGGAAUCUGACCUCUUAGAAAAUGUCCCAUAUGAAACAGUGUUGAUCUACAGCCGUAUUGUGGACGUGCCGGCUCAGCGAGCAAAGACAUUCAAGUUUGACGUCCCAGCUUUCCAAGUAACGGAAUCGAUGUAUCUUGGAUUUGCUGUUUCUGGAGACAUCAUCCCUUUUGCACUUACGUUAAGCGGGACAACUGCUUUCAAAACGUGGUAUGGUUCUGGUUUUCCUACUGUUGGCAGCUUAUGUGAAUUCCGCCAACAAACACCCAAUAUAUUUGCAUUCGGUGUUCAUAUACAAGUGUAA